CAGAACGUUAACUAUUUAGCUAGCAAGCCGCUACCUUGAUUAUCUAUUAUCACAAGAUAAAUCACUACUACACUACUAAUUCCUUUGUGUAUUGUGAUGGAAAUAUAAUGACUUCAUUGACACUGAAUGCUUCAGGUGAAACAAAAUCUAACGGAAAAUGUUUGCUCUUUAACUGGGUAGAGGAGCGAGCUACUGCUGUCCUUGACAACAACAAGCCCAGGGCACACAUCCACAAAAAUGGACACACAGGGAUUCUCACUAUGGAUCUGUCAUCCGGAGUUCAAGGUGUCACAACAGCGAAAGCUGCUUUCACCCCUCCAAGGGGUCAUGGGGUGAGACAAAGAGGCAUCAGGGGCGAACUCUUGGAAAAGUCUCUUCUCAAGAAAAUAAGUGAGCAGACACUUGCAGAAUUUAACCCGGAGCCUCCCAAUACAGAGUUCUGCUCUACAACCAAAGAAGACUACAGAGUCAAAGACUUUCAGCCUUUCUUGCCUCCACCACAAAAGGAACAUGACAACAAAAGGGAUCAGGCAAUUACCUUUUGGAGCGAGAAUCAUCAGCACAUUCAGGGUGGAACAGCAGUGAGAACCAGGGAUACCUUGUUCAAGAAGAACGCCACCUUCAGCACACCUAUCGGUGAACACAUGGAUGACAAGCCUAUGCUGUACACCUCUGAGAAUUAACCGGUUUGUUAUUCACUUUUUGCAGGCCUUAAUUCCCACGACGAGGAGUGCUGCACUACUGAAAGAUACCUUUCUCUUCUCAAAAGCAUGUAUCUGGCUUUUGUCUUUGGACAAAUGACAAGAAAAUCCAUUUGUUUCCUGAGAUGUGGAAAGGUUUUCUCUAACCCACAGAAGACUCCGCCAUACAGAUAUCAGACAUUGAUGUUAGUGCAGUCCUCCUUACUUUAGAAACCAUGGCUCUGGUUCAAAUUAUUUUUCUGUCAAUCAAAAGGCAUUUCGACACUGUUUCUCUCUUACUUUCAGCGGAGAUUAGGAGGUAGCUAUGGCAACAAGUCAUUUUCAUGCAGCUUUUUCCCGAAACAUUUUAUUUACCA